AGUUUCCAUGCUUCUCCCUCCUCCGUUCUUUUUUCGUACGAACUUCAACAAACGUGUAUCAUUAAGGAGUUCCGCAAGAAAACCAUGUCUGACGCGGAAGGAGAUGAUAUACCAGCCAGUGGUUUAAUGCCAGUAAAUGAUGCCUUAAAAGAAGUAUUGAAAACGGCUUUGUGUCACGAUGGUUUGGCCAGAGGAUUACAUGAAGCUUGCAAAGCUUUAGAUAAGCGACAAGCUCACUUGUGCGUACUGGCUCAAAAUUGUGACGAGGGAACUUAUGUUAAGUUGGUUGAAGCACUCUGUGCCGAACAUCAAAUUAACUUGAUUAAGGUUGAUGAUGGGAAAAAACUAGGUGAAUGGGCUGGUCUGUGUAAAAUUGAUAAAGAGGGAAAAGCCAGGAAGGUUGUUGGCUGCAGUUGUGUUGUAGUCAAGGAUUAUGGUAAAGAAACGCAUGCUCAUGAUGUAUUGAUGGAAUAUUUCAAGUCUAAACGUUCAACCUAAUGUGUAACUUCUAUGAGCGUAUUAUGUUUACAAAGCAAUAAAGAGAAAUCACAAUCUUCAA